UGGCGCACACGUGCAACCGGUGUUUAUUUCAGGUUUGACGUUAUUGCAGAUUACAAAUAAAGUUAAAUUUUAAGCUAAAUUUAAUAAGUUUAUAAUGGGUAAAAAAGACAAAAAUAAGAAAAAAGGCAAAGGUGCUGAGAAAACUGCUAUGAAAACGGACAAAAAGUUAGCUGCCAAACAGAAACGUAUGUUGGAAAAGCUUGGCGAGACUGACAUAGCAGAAGUAGUUGCUAAGUUAGAGGCCGAAGAAUCGCGUCGCAAAACAGUGGCCGAAGAAAUUUGCCCACCACCGACGCCGCGUUCGAAUUUCACAUUUGUUGCACAUCCUGAAAAGGAUGAACUUAUACUCUUUGGUGGAGAAUUUUAUAAUGGACAACGUGUUUGUGUCUACAAUGAUUUGUUUUUCUAUAAUAUUACUAAAAACGAAUGGAAACAAGUUCACUCACCGGCUGGUCCGGCUCCACGUAGUGGUCAUCAAAUGGUCGCAGUUGCUUCUGAUGGCGGACAGUUGUGGGUAUUUGGAGGAGAGCACGCCAGCCCAUCUCAGUUGCAAUUCUAUCACUACAAAGAUCUUUGGGUUAUGCGCUUGAAAACUCGUACCUGGGAGAAAAUUAACGCGCCAAAUGGGCCCAGUCCUCGCAGCGGACACAGAAUGGUCGUUAAUAAAAAACGUUUAUUUAUUUUUGGAGGUUUUCAUGAUAAUAAUCAAUCUUAUCGAUAUUUUAAUGAUGUGCAUAUCUUCUCGCUGGAAUCGUAUGCCUGGCUGAAAGUCGAUAUAAGUGGUGCUAUUGUACCAGCACCCCGUUCGGGUUGUUGUUUGGCUGCUUGUCCUGACGGGAAAAUACUCGUCUGGGGUGGUUAUUCGAAAGCAGCAAUUAAGAAGGAUGCAGAUAGGGGCGUUGUACACACAGAUAUGUUUAGUCUUGUGCCUGAUAAAACAAAUCCGAAUGAUAAAUUCAAGUGGGUAACAGUAAAGCCCGGUGGUUACAGACCACUUCCACGUAGUAGUGUGAGCUGUACAACGGCACCAAAUGGUAAAUGUUAUUGCUUUGGUGGUGUAAUGGAUAUUGACGAAGAUGAGGAAGAUAUCAAAGGACAAUUUGGUGAAGAAUUGCUGGCGUUAGAUCUGAAUUCGCAAGCUUGGCGGUUAUUAGAAAUAGCAAAAAAAGAGAAAAAAGUUGGUAAAAAGAAUGAAGAUGGUACUACACAGGAUGUUGAUAUGGAUUCUAGUUCUUCGCAAACAGUCAGCAAAGAUGGUAUAUUCACUGUAACCGUUGGUGGUCCAAGCACAAGUAGUAACUUAGUUUUGCCAAAAGUUCCCAGUUUAUUUCCAAAUAAACGGCCGAAGAAUGUGCCUUCACCACGCAUGAACUGCGGAUUAUGUGUUCACAAAGGUAUACUUUAUGUGUACGGUGGUAUUUACGAGGAGGACAACAAACAAUACACAUUCAAUGAUUUCUAUGCAUUGGAUUUGCAUAAAUUAGAUGAAUGGAAAGCUUUGAUUUCUAACGAUAUGAAUGCUCAUGAAUGGGUUGAUAGUGAUAGUAGUGAUUCGGACAAUUCAGAUGAUGGCAGUACGAACAGUGAUAGCGAAAGUAAUGAUGAUGACAACGAUAGUGAUGGAAUGGAAACUGAUUAAUUUAUGAUUACAAAUCAAGAAUAAAACAUCGCAUUUGAAUUAUACAUAUUUAUAAAAGAAAAGUA